AUGAAGGAAGUAUUUGAUAUGGACGUUACUCAAGAUGGACAUAAUGAUACAGUGAAUGGCGAGAAGUUCCAACGGAACAGGUUGAGUGAUAACGUGUCUGUUGGUGACUCUAGUGAAAAGUUACAUUGUCCUGGGGUCAAGUCGGCGUCUUGCUCCGGUGAUGACAUGCGAACCAAGUCCCAGAUGACAAUAGCUGCAAAUGACCUGAUUGAUGUCAAAGGGGAUAAUUCUUUGCUACCUGCCGUAUGUCCUGAAAAACGUGAACAAUGCACUGGGCCUAAAAAGUAUAAAGAAGAGUUGGAUAAGCUUGGGAAACAACUGUUGAUAUUAACACAAAGAUUAGACGCGGAAGUGAAUAGCAAGAAGUUGGUGGAAGAUAAAUUAAGCAUGGCAAAAAGCACAAUUGCCACACAAAAAAGAGAAAUUUUGUUGCUUCAACGCCAACUUCAGUCAGGUCCUAGCGAGUUAUCGGAUCGAAGGUUAGAGGCUCCUCUUCGAGAUAUAGCUCUUUUGAAGCCAAAGUUAAGUGGGUUAGGGGGGGCGGAGAAGGUUUCUCAAGGAGGUGAUGCUUCUCAGUUACAAACGAGCUUGUGUAGGGUGUCUGCUGAAAGAGAUGAGUUGUUGAACUGUGUAAAAAAGCAAAGUAAGCUCAUAGAAGUCUUGAAACAACAAAAGCUGCAUUUAGAAGCAUCCAUUCUUGCUGAUAUAAGUGAAAAGGAACUUGGAAAGUACUUUGAUCUUGUUCGUCGAUAA